AGAGAAGUUAUGAAACUAGCAAAUGUCCAGCUGAAAGUAAACAUUACUGCGUUAGAGAAGGCUGAUGUUUGUGUAACUCUUAAUAACAGAGGUUUUUUUUUUAUGUUUUAUUAACUGCUGUUUGUGUGCAGGUAUACAGCAGGUUAACAGUGAAACGAGUCCACUUUAAUAGAAAUUCGGAGGAAAACCAGUAUUUGGUAUUAAAACUGAAGACGACGCAGUUUAAUCCGGAGCUCAGUCAUGGAGGAGCAGAACAUCGGGCGGGUUUUAGUUCUCCUGCUCUCCCUGCUGGUUUACAUCACCGCGCUGGUCAUCAACGGCCUAGCUGGAUCCGGAAAAGGACCGUUUUUGCACAGCACAGGAAACGUGUCAGCUUUGUACGAGACCGAAAUCACUCCCGCCGGCUGGACUUUCUCCAUAUGGGGAAUCAUCUACACCUGGCUUCUGCUGAUGCACAUCUAUUUUUUGAGUUGCAUUUGCAGACGGACUGCCACCGGGUGGAUGUAUUGCAGUCCCGCUCUUCCUCCUUAUGGCUUUUUCAUCUCCUGGAUGAUUAACAUGCUCCUGAACAUCACCUGGCUCCUGCUGUGGGACCGAAAGUUGAUGAUUCCAGCGCUAAUAUGUUUAGCGCUGAUUGCGUUCACCAGUUACCUCCUGAUCUUCUUCUCCUGUGUUGGUCUGAGAGCUCACGGACCCUGGCUCAAGCAGAACCAUCCCACUGAUCUACGCUGCAUCUAUGUGCUGGUUCAGAACAGUAUCGCCACUUACGCCACAUGGACUAGCAUCGCUACGCUCCUCAACUUGACCGUCGUGUUGGAUAUCGAGUCCAUGUCUCCCACCAAUGCGGCCACGGUGUCGCUGUGCCUUCUGCUUUUAGAAGUAAUCAUAUGGUUUGCUGUUGAGAACUUCGUGAUCGAGAAGCACGUGCGCUACGUUCUGACCGUCUACCCCGUCAUCAUCGUGGCUCUCAGUGGAAUCCUGAGCAAACACUAUGAUGCAGCAGCUCCAGGCAGGAACGCCGUGUUUUCCGCUGUUCUCUUGGCGCUCGCCUGCGUUUUCUUCGUGGUCCGACUUGCUCUGGUGAUUUGGAGGCACCGCGCUCGUCCACUUUCCCCAGACGAGAACGCAGAGGGGCUGGUGGCUCCUGCCCCCACCACGGAAAAUUAGCACGGUGGUUUUUAAAGUCUGUGCAUGAAACAUCAAAGACUUUGAAUCCAUUUCAUUCCACUGUAAUGAAACACAGCCUUUAACACUAACACAUGAUACAUGGGUGGCAUUCCUUAUUCAUGUUCAAUAAACGUAUGAACCUGAAACUGCUUUAAUUCAUGGCCAAAACAUACAUUAAUACAAUGCCAUGAGAAAAUAUUAGCUCAGACUGAUUUUUCUUCCUUUUUUUUUAGCUCACUUUCCCACACUGAGUCUGUCUGUAACCAUGGUUUAGUCAUUACGCUGAGCAGAAGACUAAUGAAGUGGCCUUAUUUUUAGCAAGGCAUAAUUAAAUGUGAAAUCGAGUAGGCUAAACUAGCAAUUCUGUCUAUGUGAUAAGUAUCAUCUUUUGGAUAUGUCCUGUUAUAUUGACGUGAUUAGCUGUGGCUCUUUUCAAAAGCUGAAACAUUUCCAUUUUUGUUCACUUGGCAGGACAUGCAAGAGUCCAGUCCAAAACUCUGAGCGAUAAUCUAAGCGUAGAGCGAACAGUCUUAGAUUAAAAGCUCUUUGGCAAUGAUAGAAUUCUCAUUAUGUAAAUGUAGAAAAAACAUUUAUCAAGAUUUUUUUUAUUAUUAUUAUCAUUAUUAUAAAAGGAUGUUCUCACUGAUUUCUGAAUGAGAAUCCCAGUGAUUAAUGAAAGAAAACUCUUAAGCUAAUUAGGCACUAUCACACAAGAGGGAGUGCUGUCGUGCUGAAUAUCGGCACAUAACAGAAUAUUUGGAGCAACAGCAUGAACUCGAAUGCGAUAUUGCUUUUUAGCCAACAGUAAUACAAACCCCAGUUAUUAUCAACAGACUAUUGUUUGUAUAUUUUGCUCCUAAAGCACCAACCCAAACGUGAGGAGAAACAACCAUUGAGUUGGUGGACCGUCCUAAGAAACUUACCAUAUUUACUUAGUAUUUCCACUUAUUCCUUUUUAGAAUAUGAGCUAACUUCCAGGUUUUGGUGUUGAAUCCCAAACAAUGUUAAAUGGAAAGCUUUGUAGGGUGUACAAUCCCUUGUUCCACACACCAAGUAGUGCCCUUGAUCAAGAAUUCGAGAGGGAUUUGGGAUUUAGCCUUAUGUGUUGGAAGCUAGUUAGCUUUUGUGGUUUGCAUUAGCCAAGAACAGAACAAGACAGACGGGUCAGAGACGAUUCUGAACAACUUGGAAGCAAUUACUGUGGCGCGAUGCAUAUAAUUAAACUUCACAGUGAUGUUAUUGUCAAUAUCAGCACUCGUGGAAUGUUUCUCUUCCAGUCGGAUUACUCGUUUGGAACCAAAUGUUGUUAAAAAAAAAAAAAUUAUUUCUUAAAAAUCUACUUUUGUUUAGAAGAGCUGGGAAGAAUUUAUUUUUAUUCAUCUAUCUGUACAUAUAUAUCUACAUAUACAGUAUAUAUACAUAAUAUCUAAUCAUGAUGCACUACAUUAACUCUAUUUGUAGUUGUUGCAUAUCUGUACAUGGUUUGUUUAUCAAUUCAGAAUGCAUUAAAAAGGGACCAUGUGCAUAUACACGCAUCACACAGAUAAAUGUCAAGACAUGAGUGCAUCUUGAGUCGUGUUUAUAUUAAAUGCUCUCAUAGCAGUUCAUUAUAUAAACUCUAAUCAUGUCAGUACUAAACUGUAUAUUUGUUUACAAUGACUUAAGUAAGGAUUAUAACAUUUCAUGUGUGUGGGGGGUGGGCUAAGUUACAACUUUUCCAUUUAUAAAGCACUGUAAAUGUUACUUAACUGUCUCAUUAUAGAAAGCUUAACAUUAUGAACAGUUAUACUUUUUAAAUCUGUGUUAAUCUGCUGUUACUAUAGAAACAAUACCGUAUUGGAACGAAAGUACUAAUUUAAACCUGAGACUCUCCUUGAAGCAGAAUUUCUCUGUGAUCUUCUGUUAAUUAAAAAAAUUAAUCAGCACUAUUUAAUCAAUCAGAUUGGAGAAUUUAAGAAUGAUUCAUGAUUUAGGAUGUACAGAGUUAAAAUAUUAUGUUUUUCAUAACACUAACACCAGCGUAUGCUUUAAUAAAUGUUUUUGAUACUGUUUGAAUAUUAUUAAUUUUACAACUGUUAAUAUAAUAAACAAAUGUAACAGGU